AUGGACAGUAGCACCUGGAGCCCCGCGACCAUUGCCACCGCCGAGCCCCUCAAGGCCUACGAGCGCAUCCGCAAUGCGGCCGACAUCUCUGUCAUCGUCGUCUACUUCGUGGUGGUGAUGGCUGUCGGGCUCUGGGCCAUGUUUUCUACUGAUCGUGGGACUGUUGGAGGCUUCUUCCUGGCAGGACGAAGUAUGGUGUGGUGGCCGAUUGGAGCCUCUCUGUUCGCCAGUAACAUCGGAAGCGGCCACUUUGUGGGACUGGCGGGAACGGGAGCAGCUGCAGGCAUCGCCACUGGGGGCUUUGAAUGGAAUGCCCUUUUUUUGGUGGUUGUGCUGGGCUGGGUGUUUGUCCCCAUUUACAUUAAGGCAGGGGUGGUGACGAUGCCAGAGUACCUGCGGAAGCGAUUUGGAGGCAAGCGGAUCCAGGUCUACCUCUCUGUUCUGUCCCUGUUGCUGUAUGUUUUCACCAAGAUCUCGGCAGACAUCUUCUCUGGGGCCAUAUUCAUCAACCUGGCCAUGGGUCUGAAUCUGUACCUCGCCAUCUUUAUCUUACUGGUAAUCACUGCCCUUUACACAAUCACAGGGGGCCUGGCGGCUGUGAUUUACACGGACACCUUGCAGACGGUGAUCAUGCUGGUGGGGUCUUUUAUCCUGACUGGGUUUGCUUUUCACGAAGUGGGAGGGUAUGAUGCCUUCAUGACGAAAUACAUGAAUGCCAUUCCAACUGUGAUUUCUGAUGGAAACACCACCAUCAAGAAAGAAUGCUACACCCCAAGGGCUGACUCCUUCCACAUCUUCCGAGAUCCUCUCAAGGGAGACCUGCCAUGGCCUGGGCUCAUCUUUGGGUUGUCCAUCCUCGCCCUGUGGUACUGGUGCACAGAUCAGGUCAUUGUGCAGCGGUGCCUCUCGGCCAAAAACAUGUCACACGUGAAGGCCGGCUGCAUCAUGUGUGGGUACCUGAAGCUGCUGCCCAUGUUCCUCAUGGUGAUGCCGGGGAUGAUCAGCCGCAUCCUAUACACAGAAAAAGUUGCCUGCACUGUCCCCUCGGAGUGUGAGAAAUAUUGCGGCACCAAGGUUGGCUGUACCAACAUCGCCUAUCCGACCUUGGUGGUGGAGCUCAUGCCCAAUGGACUUCGAGGCCUGAUGCUGUCAGUCAUGUUGGCCUCUCUCAUGAGCUCCCUGACCUCCAUCUUCAACAGCGCCAGCACCCUUUUCACUAUGGACAUCUACACCAAGAUCCGGAAGAGAGCAUCUGAGAAAGAGCUCAUGAUUACAGGAAGGUUGUUCAUGCUGGUGCUGAUUGGCAUCAGCAUUGCCUGGGUCCCCAUUGUGCAGUCAGCACAAAGUGGGCAGCUCUUUGAUUACAUCCAGUCCAUCACCAGUUACUUGGGACCACCCAUUGCAGCUGUCUUCCUGCUUGCUAUUUUCUGCAAGAGAGUCAAUGAGCAGGGAGCCUUUUGGGGACUGAUCAUUGGAUUUGUGAUUGGGGCAUCCCGUAUGAUUGCUGAGUUUGCCUAUGGAACUGGGAGCUGCAUGGAGCCCAGCAACUGUCCCACAGUUAUCUGUGGUGUACACUACUUGUACUUUGCCAUCAUCCUCUUUGUCAUUUGUCUCAUCAUCAUACUGGCUGUCUCCCUCUUCACCAAGCCCAUUCCAGAUGUGCAUCUCUACCGCCUGUGCUGGAGCCUGCGUAACAGCAAAGAGGAGCGUAUUGACCUGGAUGCAGGAGAGGAGGACAUUCAAGAAACCCCAGAGGAGACCAUUGAAAUAGAAGUUCCUGAGGAGAAAAAAGGAUGCUUCAGGCGUACCUAUGACCUGUUUUGUGGUCUGGACCAGCAGAAGGGCCCCAAAAUGACAAAGGAAGAGGAGGCAGCCAUGAAGCUGAAGAUGACAGACACCUCGGAGAAACCUUUGUGGCGGACGAUAGUGAACAUCAAUGGCAUUAUCCUGCUGACCGUGGCCAUCUUCUGCCAUGCAUAUUUUGCCUGAGUCCUGCCUUCUGCUGCAGGCUGUGCUUGUGAAGGCUGGGAUCUUUAUUCUGUCUCCUUUAAUCCCGUUCUGCAGUGUUGAAGGGACACCAGCUAGUUGUAAAUUUUGCCCAGUUGAUAAAUGUGUACAUUUGUAAUUACAGGCUAGCUAGAGAAAAAUUGCUGUUUUGCUGUUAAUUUAUGUAUUUGAGGCCAGUGUGAUACAGUCAUCUGUACAUAUUAGAGCUGCAGAAGGAAAUUCCACUCAGUCUGAUGUCUAGGAAAAGGCAGACUAAGAAACAGAAGCCCCGUGAUGUCUGAUGCAAGUUUGUCUCAGGUAGAUUCAGCACAUCAACAUUGUUUGUGAUCCUUGAAUAUUAUUUUAAGAGUUGUGGUCUCCCUGGUUCCUACCACUUUCCCUAUCUAACUUCCCCCUUCAUUUUUUUUUAAAGAAAAAACUCGCCCCGCCUCAUGAUAUCCCUGUCAAGGUUUUCCUGGCACAGGAAAGAUCAAUCUGAUAAAUGGAUGAACACGUUAAAGCUGAAGAUGUAAGCUUGAUGGGGUCCCUGUCCUGGGUGUUUGCUCUUUGAAGGAGGGCCCUGGACAUGGCAGUACUAACGCCAAAGGGAGGAACCUAGGCUCCAGCCUCAGGCCAGCGGGGAAAGCAGAUAAUUCCAAGUCAAGGGGAUUUUCUGGUUUUCUUCAAAGUGUCCAUUGUGAGUUCUUUGUGUUGAGAUUUCAUUCAUUUUGGCAUUUCCUGUGCCUGGACUGUCUUAGCCACUCAGUAAUGUUUGUGGACUGAAUGAAUGAUGUGGGUAUUUGUUAAUAAAUGCUUGCUUUAUUUUUGGUUAACCUUAUGGCUGCACAGAGUACACACUCUGGUGACUAUAAUGAAUUGGGGUGCAUUUUCCAGAGGCUCCUCUUCCUCAUGGUGCUGAUAUUGACAUACAGGCUUAGUAACUGACUCAGUGUCACAAAAUAGAGCACAUAUGCCUCUUGGGGGCAUAUGUCAUCUCAAAGCAGCCGCACUCUCCUGAAACACUGAAACUUUUAGCCGGAGAUCCUCCUCCCUGUGAGUUCAUGUGACCACAGCUCUUCUUUUCUUAGGUGUCUUGAUUGGUGGUCAUUCAUUGACCAAGUUUGGGGUGGGUGGUCUCUGUUCCAGGUGGUAGCACUCAACACUUUUCUUUUUUGUUUUACC